UAUGGUAUUUGUUUGGGUUGUUUGCAUUGUAAGGAAGAAGAGAAGAAAUUUAUAUUAAGGUACUAGUGUGCUGUUUGAUUCUUAAGAAAAUCCCCAAAAAGGAAAAAAAAAAGAAAAAGGAAAUUACUUUGUCUGUGGGAAAAGUCGGAGAGCCGCCAUGUUUGGCCGCCGGCGGAGUGCAUAAAGAAUCUCCCCAAGCCAAACACUGCCAGAUCUGUCUUUGAGGAUACCAUUUAUUGGCCGUUAGGGUUUCACCGUCUCGAUUUUCCGAUCGUAGUACAACUGAAGCGUUCAAUUACAUGUCACCUCCAUAAAUCUGAAUUCUUUUGUUUGCCUCCUAAUUUAGCAAUCGAUUUUUAGAUUUUGGCGUGAUAGAAAUCCAAUCCCACUUUGUGUUUUUGUUUUUUACCUACGAAAGGAACGAGAAAAAAAAAAAAACGGAAUUUGGUCUCAGAAAUGGGUGAUUUAGUGCCUAUUUACCUCGUCAUCCUCGCUUUUUUUUGUACUGCUGGAGCCAUUGCGUUGGCCGUUCUUCAUAUCUACAGGCAUCUUUUGAAUUACACCGAACCUAUUUUUCAGAGAUACAUCGUCCGCAUCAUCUUCAUGGUUCCGAUUUAUGCCUUGAUGUCUUUCUUGUCCCUUGUUCUACCACGGAGUUCAAUCUAUUUCAAUUCCAUCCGGGAAGGAUAUGAAGCUUGGGUCAUUUAUAAUUUUCUUUCUCUCUGCUUGGCAUGGGUUGGAGGUCCAGGAGCAGUUGUGCUCAGCUUGAGUGGUCGAGUUUUAAAGCCAUCUUGGUAUCUGAUGACAUGCUGCUUGCCUCCUAUGCCUUUAGAUGGGCGAUUUAUACGGAGAUGCAAGCAAGGCUGUCUGCAGUUUGUCAUCCUGAAGCCCAUUUUAGUCGCUGUUACACUCGUAUUAUACGCCAAAGGAAAAUAUAAAGAUGGGAAUUUUAGUCCAAGUCAAGCAUAUCUAUAUCUUACUAUCAUCUAUACAAUCUCUUACACCGUGGCUCUGUAUGCUUUGGUGUUGUUUUACAUGGCAUGCAGAGAUCUCCUUCAGCCAUUCAAUCCAGUUCCAAAGUUUAUCAUCAUAAAAUCUGUGGUUUUCUUAACCUAUUGGCAGGGUGUUCUGUUUUUUCUUGCCGCAAAAUCUGGAUUUAUAAAGGAUGCUGACGAAGCAGCUCAAUUUCAGAACUUCAUUAUAUGUGUUGAGAUGCUUCUUGCUGCUCUAGGUCAUCUUUAUGCAUUUCCAUAUAAGGAGUAUGCUGGUGCAAAUAUUGGUAUGUCUCGUGGUUUUACACGAAGCCUUGCACAUGCCUUGAUGUUGAAUGACUUCUAUCAUGAUACUGUUCACCAGUUUGCACCUACGUAUCAUGAUUAUGUACUGUACAACCAUAAUGAUGGUGAUGAGGGAACAAGGAAAUACCGGUCGAGGACUUUUGUGCCAACUGGGCCCGAGAUGGAUGCUGCUAGAAGAAACAAACACAUGAUUGGAAACAAGCUAGAAGAUAUUCAGCUAUCCAGUCUCCCAUCAUAUGGUACAAGCGCUCCCCAAAACCCUAGCUCUGUACCAGAUUCUACAAGCGGUGAUCUUACAAAAUCAUCACUGCUUGUGGACCACUCAAAUUCUUAUUCAGCGCCAUACGAUAUGUCACUUAUUGACAUGGAUCUAUCCAGUUACCCUUCAAAAGUUCCUGCAGCGAAAGAUACUGAACCUAGGUGACAAGUUUGUAGUAGCAUCCUUAAGACAGGCUAGAAAGAAGGCUGCAUCCUCGGGGACUUAGGUUGGGUAGGGGGAGUGAGGAUGGAGUCGGGAGUGUCUGACAUAGCAUUAUUUCUGACAUUGGACAGCCUCCUGUGUGAAGUUGUGUGUUGGUUGGUGAUUGGUGAUGGGUGUGGAUUUGCUUACGACCUCAGCUCCUGGUAUUUUCUCUCUUUUGCCUGAGUUGAUUUCAGUCACACUGUAAAUUAUGGUCACUUUGUAGCUCUCGUAGUGGAGCAUCUGCCUGCCGGUAGUUGUCUGAUUUUGUCGCUAUAUGCUCUGUAGAUGCAAAGCACUUUAGGUCAUAUUUGAAGUAUCUGAAUUGGGCUCAUGAAAAUUUGGUUUCCACUUUUGAUUCA